AUGGCUUCCCGCAUAUUAGCAGCUCCUGUGCAAAGAUGUCGCCGUUCGCAACACGAUCGCCGGCCCAUUGCUGUAUCUGCAACUCAUAACGGCUUCUCCAGGCUCCCCACAGCGUUACGAUCAUACUUCACCGAAGCCUCCACAGCGCAAGCAAUCGCAUCCGGCAUCGCGCCUCUCCCCCAUCGCAGCCUCAUAUUCCUCUCCGGCCCCACAGCAUCCAAGUUCCUACACGGUCUCAUAACCCACGACGCAACCCGCGUCUCGCCAUUCUAUGCCGCCUUCCUCGACGCGCGCGGCCGCGUGAUAUGCGAUGUAUUCAUCUGGGUAUGGCCCGAGCUGAUCGCGCAACAAGGGCACUGGGCAUGCUACAUCGAAGUCGACGCCGGCCAAGCCAACGCCCUGAUGUUGCACCUGAAGCGUCACAAACUCCGCCACAAGCUCACAAUCAGCCACGUACCAGCUGAAGGACGAGACGGCAUAAAGGUCUGGGCAGCUUGGGGUGACGCGCACAAACAAGUCAAGGACUGGGGCGAGAUUGCUGGACUGCAGGAUCCGCGCGCGCCGGGUAUGUAUAGGUACCUGGCGAAUGCGGAUCGCGAAACGAUUGCGCGGGACAUGCAACCUGUAGACACCAAGUUCUACGACAUUCAGCGGUAUAUACACGGCGUACCAGAAGGGUCAGCAGAAAUGCCGCCCUACAGCACGCUGCCCAUGGAAGCCAAUAUCGACCUAAGCAGCGGCAUAGAUUUCAAAAAAGGAUGCUAUAUCGGCCAAGAACUCACCAUUCGCACGAAACACACAGGCGUGGUGAGGAAGCGCAUAUUACCAGUUCGCUUCCACGCCGGCGGUGCAGGUGCAGCGGACCCACAAGCACCCGUCAACCCAUCAUUUGCACCGCAGCCUCAGCCGGGGAUGGAUAUCAGGACCCUCGACGACACGGGGGCUUUGAGCAAGGGCAGGCCGACGGGGAGGAUCGUUGCGGCGAUUGGUAACGUAGGUCUUGCGACUUGUAGGAUCGAGAACAUGACGUCCAUGAGGGUCAGUACAGAAGGCGGGUUCUACAAGGAAGGAACGCAAUUUGGUGUUGAUGUCGAUGGGCAAGUAGUCAGAGUUGAGCCUGUGGUGCACGACUGGUUCGUAGAGCGUAAAGAGGCGCUAUGGGGUCGUGGGGAGAAGAUGAAGAAGAGCUGGGUCGAAAAAGCACAGGAGGAGUUAGACUAG